CAAUGACGAGCACGGGAGCGCGCAGCCCUCAGCUUCCCGAAUCGAGCGAGCGCGCGUUCACGAGUCCCUCGGGUUGGUGCUGUGUGCGCGCCGCGGUCAGUAUGCCAUGGGGAUCUGUUGGACUCGGUGCUGUAGCCUCUUCCGUAGAGAGAGCAGUCGCUUGCAGAGAGCAGGAGGAGGGUAAGGUGAUGGGGGGGCAGAGGGGCAUUGGGUGGUUUUAAUAUAUCCCUCCUUUUUAUUGAGACACUGUGGCUCUCAGAGUUAGUGUGUCUGAUUGCCUGGACACUGUGGCAGUGAGAGGGUUAAUCAGUUUGGGUUUGUAGGUUCUCCCCCCCAGGGGUGCAAUGUCUGGCUACUGUCUGUCUAUAUACUCUCACUCCAUUGUUCCUGGUCACAUGGAGGAUGCUCCCAUGGGGGUAUGACUGCACACCCUGGGACACAGCACACAAUCCAGUGUCACCUGAGCUUCUCUGUCACCUGAGCUGGAGCACCUCCCUGUGCCAGACUGUGUGAGGGUGUCACCAUGUCACUGGCAUCAUGUACUGAGCUGCAGGGAUACAUAGAAGACAUGGGAGCAGUAUUGUGUUUAAUUUUGUUUGGUUCAUUCUAAAUGAAAGCCCAGGUUCUAAUACAAUUCCAACCUCAUGCCAUCACAUCCUUGGAAGUAUCAGAAGGAUUUGACCUCCCAACUAAAGUCUGCUAUUUGUGUAUCACUGACUUGUAGCAAAAUGAAAAGUAAUAUAUUCACUUACCAUGGUGCAAGCUGUUCAUUAAUUGCCAGUGUAGCAGACAAGGGUAGGUCAAUGUUUAUUACACCAGAAGCUUUGUUAUUUAAAAUUACAUUUGAGUAACUAAAAGUGUGUUUAUUAGGGGAUAUUUGUAGACUACAGCAUUGUUUCUAAAACUCCUUACCUGGGGAUCACAUUAUAAGUUGAACCAAGCUGUUUAAUUUACAAUUGUAUGCAAACACUGAGUUGUAUUUUAUUUAAAAAAAAAAAAAAAAAGUGUGUUGCACAGCUAGGGCAUGACAUUUGAACUGAACAAUAUUAUGCAUAGUUUCUCAUUCAAUGAUUUAAUUCUUUUUUCCUUUCAUUUAGUCUUACAAAAUCAUUAGGCUAGUAUAAUUUACUAGCGAUUAUACUGUGUAUGUUUGCUUUCAAUCUUUCCAGAUGGUUAAUUUUAAAGAUACACUGUAACUGCUUCAUCUCAUUAAAGUGGCUAUAGUGUCAAGAGUCUCCUGGCGUUGUAAUUCCAUUCAGUUUUAAUCUGUGUUGUUCCAUUUUAGAGUCCCCAGAAGCCCAUUGCCUGUGCUUAUUGGGCUAAUGAGGAUGUAUUGGUGUGAGCAGCAAUGGGCAGGUGUGAUUGACUGAGAUUGUCACCUGACUGCCCUCAGCCUAUCACAGUGCCCACUGCUGGUAUUGAUUGGUAUGACUGGAAGGAAUGAUGUAAUCUCUGCUUAGCUAUACCUCUAGUAGUGGCUGGGUUGUGGGUUGCCAGGAAUUUAAUAUAAAACAGCCAGAAAACUGCUAUAACCAAUCCAAUGAGAUGAAAUGGUUAUAGAACUUACAGACACCCUUUAAAUAUAUUUUCAAGCUAGCCAUGACAUAUUUCCGGCACAAUGGCUGCUUAAAACAUUUGAAAUCCACCAUGAGGAAUACUUAUAGAUGCAUGCUUUUGAGGUCUACUUCGUACUGUCAAUUUAUAUUUUAGGGCUGCUAAGUUCCCGUUAAUAAGGCAUUGACUAAGCUAGGAGAGUUAAAAUGAACUCUAAUUUGACUUUGUGAGUUCUCGGACAUACAGCAAGCCUUUACACAAGUAAUUGCUCAUGAGGUAGAGAGCUCGGGACAAAUUGUCUUUUUCCUUGAAGCUGCACUGUCACCCUCCCCCUUAAAAAUGAGUAUUUCAUAAAUAUAAAAUAUUUAUGAACUACUCAUAUGGCCAGUGUUGGAAUGUCAUUGAAAUUCCAACGCAGUUAAGAGUUAUACUAAGACAAAACAGGGAUUAUUUGGUCUCAGUAUAUUUUUUUGUACGCCUGACACUUUUAGACCCUGAGUGGAGCUACCGUAAUCUAGAAGUGCAGGGAAUCUGACUUAUCUAUGGAGGGUCUCAUAGGAUCCUCCAUAGAACUCAGUGGUGUACUCUGUCAUGCAUGCGAGAAAGUACACAAGAAUCUGACUUAUCUAUGGAGGGUCUCAUAUGAUCCUCCAUAGAACUCAGUGGUGUACUCUGUCAUGCAUGCGAGAAAGUACACAAGUGACGUCUGCUCCUUGCUCAAAGUAAAAUUCACCUUAGCCUGCCCCCCCAGCUGUGAUGUCACCAUCUGGGGUCAUUAAAAAUUCUGCAAAGUCCCCAGAAGGUGACAGUGCUGCUUUAAUGCAUUAGCAAUAUCAGCUAUAUCAGGCUUAAAUGAAUCAUGGUAUGGUAACAAUGCAAUAUAUGUGUGCGCAAAACAUAUGGCCAUAAAAAAUUGUUAAAUAAUCCUGUCUGAAAUAAUUAAGAAAAUUGUGAAUUGAAGGCCUGUUGAAUUGCUUAAACAUCAGCAUUCUAAGAUGUGAAAUUGAAGCUAAAAUGGGCAUGUACAGUUCUGGCAAUGUGAUCUUCUGAAAGCCUAUAAAACUAUUUAUGGAAUUGCUAUUCUCCAUGGCUGUAGCAGAAAGGAUAUUGGCUGGAUGGGAGAUGUGUUGCAGGUGUAUUAUAUGUAGUUUGUUGAACCCUCUCACAAAUUCAGAUUAAGUAGUCAUCACACAUAUUACAAAAUGCAUUGUUUUGGUACUGCUCUACACUUGGGAAGUAAGGUUUUUGUGGGGGUUUUGUGUGUCUCUAAAAACUUUGGUGCUAAUUACUAGAUUUUGGCCAUCACUCCCCGGCAUCCUGGAGUGGUAAAUUAUUAUUAUUUGAGGUAAAUGUGAGUAGAGAUUCAUGUAAGGGACCGCUUAAGUGCCAUGAGCUCUAUAAUCUUUGGAAGGAGUCUUUGGGUGGAGUCCUCCUGGUUUUCCUCAGACUGUUUUUGACAAAAAAAAAAAAGCUGUGUGGUCACAGCACCUAAAGCCUAGUGCCCUCUUCUGCCACCUUAACAAUAUGGAAGUUACACUGCUACAUUAUCUGUGCAAAUCUGUCCAAGUUUGUAUAAUGAUGUGUUGCAAAGUCUGAACUAUCCCAAGUCCAAAUUAAAUAGGAAAGUGCUUGCCUACAGGUGUCAAUUGGUUAAAACAUAACAUUUAAUUCAUUCGUUUAAAAGCUUGCCGUUGAUAAUCAGCAAAUAUACCAAAAAUGAUUAUUAAAUUCUAAAACUAUUAAUAGUGUAGAACAAAUGACAAAAAGAAAAAUGUAUAAAGACAAUUUAAAAAGGGACUAUUGUAGAAUAAUCCUAAUCAUUUCUGAGAUUAUAGAUAAACACAAAAAGAAUUCAGCGCUAGUAAUCACAAAAUUAGUCAAGGUAGGCAGCAACCCAAAUGAAGGAAAACCCCUCGGGUCCUUCGGUGGAUAGAUACAAAAAGAUAUGGAAGUCUGCGCCAAAUAAGGGUAGAUAGUCCAGUAAAGUAUUGCUAGGGUGCCAAUAGAUGGUCUAGGAUACUUGAUAAAGUUCCUCUGUGGAUGCGUCUAGUGUAGACCGUUCCGUAUAUGUAAAUACAAGAGAGGUAGAGGCGACUAAUGGUAUAGUAUGAAAGUUCAGGGUGUGAUAGAUAACAAAAAGUAAAGAACUCACAUUCAAGAGAGCUAUGGCCAGCUCUGGUGUGGAUUGCGUACAGCGGUAUAAUCCCCGCUUAUGGGAUAUGUAGGGAGGGGGUCUCCGUCAACACCGUCUGGUAGUCCAGAACUCGGAAAAGAAAGACAGAAAGCAACAAUAGUGCUCUCAAUUUUGAUGUGGUUCAAUGUGCAGAUAAGAAGAGGUAAAAAACUCACAUUUGAGGGAGCUAUGGCCAGCUCUGGUGUGGAUAGCGUACAGCGGUAUAAUCCCCGCUUAUAGGAUAUGUAACGGCGAUAUGUCUGUCAGCACCGUCUGGUGAUCCAAGGCUCCAAUAUAGAAGAAUAAAAAGCAGCAAUAGUGCUCUCAAUUGUGAUAGGUUAAGAGAGUAGUAGAGAAAAUAAAAUAAUACUCACAAAGAUAGAGCUGAGGUACUGCUCUAUGGAUAAACCUUGGUUGGAAAGUGCCCCUCAAAGCCAAUUCCUUCGUCUCAGAAGGAAUUGCUCUCAAAUAGAAGAUUUUAACAAACAAUCAAAUUAUCUAAAAGAAAAAUUACUCACCAACCCGCCUCAACACCACUAUAAAUACCAUCACCAAAAAAGAUAGAGCAGACCUCCUAACUUACAAUACCCAACCCACCACCAACACCAUGCCCCUUCCUGUUAUUUUCAAUUUUCAAAGCGGGGAUUAUACCGCUGUACGCAAUCCACACCAGAGCUGGCCAUAGCUCUCUUGAAUGUGAGUUCUUUACUUUUUGUUACCUAUCAGACCCUGAACUUUCAUACUAUACCAUUAGUCGCCUCUACCUCUCUUGUAUUUACAUAUACGGAACGGUCUACACUAGACGCAUCCACAGAGGAACUCUAUCAAGUAUCCUAGACCAUCUAUUGGCACCCUAGCAAUACUUUACUGGACUAUCUACCCUUAUUUGGCGCAGCCCUUCCAUAUCUUUUUUUUAUUUCUGAGAUUAUAGCAUGAGUCCAAGUUUAAGUAAUUAGUAGUGUACAUUUAGAAAUGCCAGUGAAAAUGAAGUUGGCAAUUCUAAGAGACACAAAGUAUCAAUAGAGUAAAAUAUAACCACUAACUAUAGUUUAGUAUACUAUGGUAUCAAUUUCCCUUAAAGGGAACUAUCAGUGUAACUGUGCUAGGUUAUACACUCCAUAGGAGAGGAACUCAGCCUGAAAAUCUCUUAUCAGAUACAAGAAUCGGAUUGUUCAAUGCAUGACUCUUUUCCCAAAUAGUUCUGUUCACCGAUCAUACUGUGAGUUGCUAAACUGUGCCUUCAAGGGCACCUAAUCUGUAUAAGAAACUAUCUGCUAGUCUAAGGUAAGCACUAGUUUGGGAAAAAGAAAGUCAUGCAAAUGCCCUGCCUAUCUCUCUUGCAGAGGACAUAAUGUCUAAGAUCUAAUAAAAAAAACAAAUGUCUUAAAGUGAUCGUUAUAGAGUAUAGUGCAGAGCAGAACCCUGACGUGCGUUUCAAGGGGGAUAGGACCGUUGUGACAGGGUAUAUAUCGGGAAAUUCUAACCGAAGUUCACACAGCUAUCAUUGCGGUUCAAAACGCUAUGAGAAGAACUAGAGAGACAGAGUGCACAAACAUUCUUGGUUCAUAACAAAAAAAUCACUAGUUUUGUUGCUUAGAGUAUCCAUUUAAAGGACCACUAUAGGCACCCAGACCACUUCAGCUUAAUGAAGUGGUCUGGGUGCCUGGUCCAGCUAGGGUAACCCUUUUUUUUAAAUAAACAUAGCUGUAUCAGAGAAACUAUGUUUAUAAUAGGGUUAAUCCAGCCUCUAGUGGCUGUCACAUUGACAGCCGCCAGAGGCGCUUGCGUGCUUCUCACUGUGAAAAUCACAAUGCUUUCCUAUGAACUGGCUGAAUGCGCGCGCGGCUCCUGCCUCGCAUGCGCAUUCAGCCGAUGACGUCGCUAGGAAGGAGGAGAGGAGGAGGAAAGCUUCCCGCCCGGUGCUGUAAAAGGUAAGAUUUUAACCCCUUCCUCUCUCCAGAGCCCUGAGGGUGGGGGCACCCUCAGGGCACUAUAGUGCCAGGAAAACAAGUGUUUUCCUGGCACUAUAGUGGUCCUUUAAAGAAAAGCGAUUCUUAAUCUCUGAUUUGAGACCUAAAAUUGGAUCCCUAUAUUAUUUCAUUGUCUCCCCAAAACAUCACAUCGCAUUGCUCAUAUCUCCUGCAGCUGUCUACAAUAAAUAGUGUACUGUUAUGACACUGCUGUCCCCUUGAGAUCAGUCUGACAUGGGGAAGAAUAUAAUGAGUUUUUUUUUUUUAGUUAAACUGUAUUUUGUUUAACAGUUGAAAAAUGGGUGACUGAACUAUUUUUAUAUUUGAAACCUCAUUUACCAACUGUUUACCAUGUAAAUAAUUUGGGUCAGUGAGAAAAUGGUUACACAAAACUGCUGUCUACUAACUUUAUCAUCUCUGUGUGUCCUCCCUUUACUGAAAUUAUUUAAAUAUAAGUGUCAUUGGUUACUUCUGUAAUGUGCUGUGCAAGUCCUAUAAACACAGAAAUGGGAAUCACACACCAGGCUAUGCAUAUUUUAAUUACCAGUGCUUCUGGAUUUAUUGCUUAGUGAUUGUACAGGACUACUUAUUAAAUAGUCUAACCGUACUCUGUUUAGCCCCCUUAUGCGUGAUUUAUUACUGCUGAAGAGACCAUAAAAUUGUACACCAUGCAUACAAGAAUCACUCCACUCAAAAUACAAGCUAUAAAUCAUUUAAAGUUAUGUCUCAUGUAAAAUAUGGGGAGCUAGUAACAUGACCUUUUGUGUCACUUUACCCCACUCCCUCUAGCAUGUAAGCUCAUUGAGCAGGGCCCUCAACCUCUCUGUUCCUGUGUGUCCAACUUGUCUGGUUACAACUACAUGUCUGUUCGUCCACCCACUGUAAGGCGCUGCGGAAUUUGUUGGCGCUAUAUAAAUAAUAAUAAUGAUUUGGCCUUAUCAUGCUUAGCACACUAAAGUACCGCAAUAUUUGUUUGGCCUCACUUACUUUUCUAUCCUACUCUUCUAAACUGUGUUUCAUACAAAGCAUGACUAUCUCUCUUUGCUCACGUAUGUAAACUGUCCACUAAUUUAUAUUCCUCUCUGCUAUAUUUUUAUGUGACAGCUUUCCACUGCUUUAAACAAACAAUUGUUGAUUCUUAUAAAGAUGCAUAAUUAUUACAUUGCUGUCCAAAUGCUGAAAUUAUGUUGCCUUACUUGUCAAAUACAAGCAUUUAUAUUGGAGGUGUACACUCAGAUCAUCUUCCACAGUGCUUUGUGCCCUCUGUGUCUGUGGAUAACCUGCUUACAUUCUAGAGAAUUUUCAUUGCCCUUUAAUAAAUGCAAGCAGAAUCUCUAAAUUCUCCAGUCAACUGCUGACUACUGCACAUACCUUGAAUUUUCCUUUCUCAUCAAGUUGCUCUUUGCUGCAAGCACAUUGAGCCACUUGAAGACAAGCUUUUUUGAGUUGAUCGCAUUACUACUAUAUACUUAUAUAUGAGUGUACUGGGGGGAGACCUUUUAGACUGCUACUGAAUUAUCUGUGCCUUUUUCUGUUGGGAAUCAUUAGUUCUGCUGUUUGCUCCCCUUUUUUAAUUACUUUUGUGACAUUUAUUUAUUUAUUUUACUUUUUAUGUAGUGCAUUUAAUUUAUUAUAGGGUUUCUCCACCCAAAAUACAGUGUUCUUAAAACACUAGUUUCGGUUAGAGAAACCCUUCCUGAGAUGAUCCACCCCCAAAAAAUCAAUUUAUACUUAAGAAAUGCUAAAACCUACCCCAUUCCAUCACUGACUCCAAGUUCUUCCCUCAACUCAAUCCUCUGACGUCACUCCGUCUCAGAGAGGGAGGGAAGGACAGGGGCCGCACGGAGGGGUAGGGCGUGCUGCCAUUGGCUGCCUGGCUCCAGCAUGCUAAGGGAUAAGUCUCUGUAUGUGCAGCAUUUCAAAGAGAAGCGCUGCACAUAUGUCUCCAGGAACCAUGAACACGUCAAAUCAUUGAAGUGAUUAUUGUACUCGGAGUGACCAUUUAAUAUUUCGAUCUUUUGUUUGCAUCAGAUAAGUAUUGUGUUUUCUGGCAGUUUAUUGCAGAAUUUUUAACUUGGCAUAUAGAGCAAGGCAAUAUAUUUGCAUGGCAUUCUCACUUAAUGGGACAUAAUUUUGGAGGUGCAAAUAUCUGCCAGAAUACACAAAGUUGUCACUUUUUAAAGUGCUUUAAAACACUUUACUAAAUUGGAACAUGUUUUUGAGCGCCCUAAAACACACUUUUCACAACACUUUCAUCCAUUUGUACACUUAUUGCCUGAUAGUGAAAUCCCAUUCACAAGUGAAGAGCAGAGAAGUGAGUGGGUUUUCACUAUCCAGUAAUAAGUGUACAUUAUACUGUAUUACACAAUUCUUUCCUUUUGUUCACAUUAUAUGAUAUUGAGAUGUUUAGGAGAUAUAUACCCAUACUUUGAGCUGAAAAAGUGAAUUAUACAGUGGAAGUGCUUCUUUCUGACUUGACUGGAAGUAGAUAUGGUAUUGCACUUUGUGACAAACUGAACCUCGUCACGGGUGCUUGGAGGAGCCUGCUGGCCAGCCUCUUGCCAAAAGACUACUGGCCAAGUCAACAACUGUAAAGACCCAUAUUUUAUUCCUCCGGGUUACCCUGGUUCUGCACUUUCCAUAAAACAGAACGCUAGCUCCAUUGCGGCCGUUCACAUGGACCAAAACCGCAAAGAGACUUCAGUGGGAACUAUAUGCCCUGGAACUAUAUUCAGCAUGAAGACUUCGUGGUUUCCGGCCGGUCCCCCAGCAGCACUUAGCCGCGAUUCUAUGGAACCGUUUUGGGCAUGGGACCAUGCGUGCGGUCGGUAAAAACUAUGACUUCCAAGAAAUUCCUGAACCCCUGAACUGAUCUGGGUGAUUCUGGGAUAUGUUGGUCACCCAGAUCAGGGCUAUCAGGGGAUGUAACUUUGUAAGGAUUUUAUGUAUUUUAAAAUAUUUUUGGGGUCUUGUAAAAAUGUGUGUUUUUUCUGUGUUUGGAGAUAUUUGAGUUUAAUAUAGUGCUUGACUCAAUUAUCUCCUAAGUAAAAGGGAAGGCUUAUUGUAUUGUAUAUGGGAGUGUCAUGCAUUGUAACACUGUUAUUAUUGGUCUGUGACUUUGUAACGGAGUUCCCCACAAGGUCCAUGUGGGAGUGCCCCUUGCAUUGGGAUUGCCAUAAAAGGCCAAGUGUGGCACCAUUAAAAUCAGUCCCUCUUUACCCUCAACAUAGAGCCUUGUCUCAUGUGUGGAGUUUACAGUUAUAUUCACUCUGUGGAUUGCUAUACUCCUUGUACUCCCUGGAAUUAUAAUCACUAGCUCUUAUAAGAGAUGUUCCUGCUAUACUCUCUGGAGUAGGAGAGUUUCACCCACUGAAAGCUGGAUCCUGGUCUUGGGUCCAGGGUGGGUGGAGGACAGUGAGACCCCAACCAAGCUGCUUCGGUUUGUGGGGUCUGCUGUGCUGAUGGUGUCUGGUGGAGUGCUUGGAGUCCUCGGUGAGCACUAGGAGCAUCGAUUGGCGGAGGCACCAGCUCCGGGUGCCAGGCGGUCUGUCACACACUUUAUUAAAAAUAUUGCACUUACAUAAAGUUUUUUGCACUGGCAAUUACUAUAACACAGUGCCAUUAUUUAUUCUUGACACUUUAACUAAGGUUGUUGGAGUGUUAAUCACUUUAUUUUAUUAGAGCAUUCUUGUCUGUCAGAAAGAAUUAGUGCACCUUUUCCUAUUUGCUGUUUUUAUUUAAUGUGUUUUGUCAUAUAUUGCCCUUUAAGAGGCACUUUUUUUUCCAACAUUAUUAGUUUUUUGGGCACAUAUUUAAACAUUUUAGACUUUGGUCAGCGCCUCUUUACUUGUUUUGGAGUUCAUAAAGGUGUCUUCUGAAUUUUCUUUGAGAAUUUGGGUAAACAUCACUGAGCUGGGAGACUUAGUUCUUGUGGGGACCCUUGUAACAGAAGGAUAAAAUGGCUUGCCCUCAGUGGAACCUUUUAAAUUCUCACGGUUAUAUUUUGUGCUAUGUUAUGUUCAGGAAUAUCUAGAUUCCGUAUACCUAACACUUGGCUUAUUAGUUGAGAGUGCCUCCAAUAUUUUCCAUUAUCUUGUCACUACACCUGUUUGAAAAAUGUUAAACUAAUGUGGAAAUAUCCACUGGCAAUCAUAUUGAUAUUAAGCAAAGUAUUAUUGUACAUUCUGCUGGGAACCUUUAUGGAUAUUUUACAAAUCAGAAGCCUGCUCAAAAUAAAAAUCUUUAAUCAUGCAGAAGCCUUCUUUAUUUUCCGCAAAUGAUGCAUCUUUAUAGUGUUUAAUAAUUCAUGACUUGCGCAGAGAAAAUGAGCUACAUGAACGGAACAUUUAAGUUGCAUUAAACACUAUCAUUACAUUUCCGAUUCCUUGUAAAUAGGGCCUACUGGCUGUAAAGCAGCUUGUUUGGUUUCAGAGAUCAGGCAUAGUUUUAUACUUUGCAGGGUUAUGGCACACUUUGCAUGCAGAUGCGCUCCUCUGCUGGCUCCAGUAUUUCUCACUUUCAGAGAAACUUUUGUAGAAGGUAACAAGCAAGGAAAAGUGCUAUAAUUUAAUGUGUAUUUAAAUAGCUGUGGCUCUUACUGAAUAACCAUGUUGACAUGUAAUUCAUGGAAAUGCAUGUCUACGUGCCUGAUAAAGAUGAAUGUCUGUUCUGAUUUUUUUAAAAGGGUUACUAAAGCCAGCAUGACCACGUCAGUGAUUUGAAGUGGUCAUGGUGGUAGGAGUCAGAAUGCGUGCAGUGUUUCUGCUUGAAACACUGCACAUAUAGCUAUAUUUAUAAUUGUGUGUUGGCUGUUUAAUGUCAAUCUGUACAUAAAUUACAAAUCAGCGCUGACAACAGACAUAGAUCUUUUACCCUUGGAAGGGGAAGCUAGUUCUCCUCAACCUUCCACAUUGUGCUCCCCGCCACAGCAUUACUCUUUGUUUAAUAAUUUUUUUUUUUUUUUUUAAAAAAGCUCCCUUCCCAUUCCCUCCCUUUGUCGUGCCUAAGCUCACACAUGCACUUCAAGUAGGAAAGUGGCCCAAUCACAGGCUUCUCUGUGAAAAGCCUGUGUUUGGAUCCUGCAGGCACUGUGAUGUCAGGAGGGUGCCCGCAAGAGCAGCACCAGGAGCAGAGCCCGUUGUUGGAAACAAGGUUAAAAAUAAAGUUUUAUUUCAGGUGUUACUACAAAUUGAGAGGGGGGACCUUCCCACAGUGCCCAGUAGGGCAUAUUACGCUCGAAAGGUCCUCCCUCUCAGUAUGGUUUUAGAAACUCUGCAUCUUGGGGAGCAUGGAGGCGGCGCUUGAGGGAGCAGUUCCUCUCUGCUCUCUCAUGCACUGUCUAGUAAUGCCAGAGCCGGAAUAUGAUGUCACUCUUACCCUGGCAUCACUACAGAGAGCAGCCCCACUAGACCCCAGGGAAAAAAAUUAAAAUGUUAGUUUGAGUGUGUGAGAAAAUAUGUGCGUGUGUGUCUGUCAGUGAGUGUUUCUGUUUAGCUACCUGCCCCUCUCCGAUCGCAUGAGAGAAGUGUUUUUACUCUCCUUUUUUCCCAUGACGUGCCAGUUUUGCCACGACUGGUCACACCUGCACGGCUGAGAUGAUCGAUCUUUAUGAUCUCAGCUAAGAUAUAUGCCAGUCAGCAUCUCCUCACUCACAGAGAUGCAUUGAAUUAAUGCAUCUCUAUGAUGAACAUUCAGCGCAUCCAUGCAGAGCUUGGAGAAGCUGAACGUGGGCGCUGCACACUGCAGCUAGGACCUAGGACUUUAGUGACUGUCAAGUCUGCAGGGACAGGCUACAGACACCGGAAGAACUAUGUUAAGCUGUAGUGGUUCUGGUGAUAUAUAGUGUCCCUUUAAGAAUUGCAUUUUUCUUGUUGAAAAUUAAAGGGACACUAUAGUCACCAGAACAACUAUAGCUUAUUGAAUUUGUUCUGGUGAGUAGAAUCAUUACCUUCAGGCUUUUUGCUGUUAACACUGUCUUUUCAGAGAAAAUGCAGUGUUUACAUUACAGCCUAGUGAUAACUCCACUGGUCACUCCUCAGAUGGCUGUUAGAGAUCCUUCCUGGGUCAUGGCUGCCUAAAAUGCAUCCAAACAGUCAGUAUCUCCUCCCUCUGCAUGCAGACACUGAACCUUCCUCAUAGAGAUUCAUUGAUUCAAUUCAUCUCUAUGAGGAGAUGCUGAUUGGCCAGGGCUGUGUUUGAAUAUUGCUGGCUCUGCCCCUGAUCUGUCUCCUUGUCAGUCUCAGCCAAUCCUAUGAGGAAGCAUUGUGAUUGGAUCAGGCUACCACUUCUGCUUCUACAACUACAACUUGUUUUUCUGAGGCAAACAGCAUGCAGAUCUACAGCUUCAGGCUUGAAUACAGGAAGAUUUUGCUACAUUUAUGGAGGCAUUAGGGGCCCAGGAGGGCUAGAUGGUGGUUUUAACACUAUAGGGUCAGGAAUAAUGUUCAUGUUCCUGACCCUGUAGUGAUCCUUUAAACGUUGUUAGUUUAAAAAAACAACAAACAAAAUAAGGUCCCCUAACUUUUUUAGCUGGCUACUGGAAUCCAAACACAUUUUUCAAACCCUGCCUUAUUAUAUAUAAUUUUGUUCAGGAGAAACAGGGCUUUCAUUUCACAUCAAAUAUUCAUAUAUGAAACGUAAUUUAACAUGAGUAAAAUCUAAAAAAAAAAAAAAAAGUGAGAAAUCUAGAAAAUUUUGUUUUUUAAUUCUGCAUGGCAUUUUAAAUGUCAAUGUCAAUGUGAAUAUGGUUUGCUUUUACUGCAAUAAAAUACACAUAUUUUUAUUCAGCGAUGCCUACCGAGUAACUUUGAGACCAUAUAGUAGCCCAGGAAUGAGAAUUACCCCCAUGAUGACAUACGAUUUGCAAAAGUAGACAACCCAAGUUUUUGCAGCGUUUAUGACCAAGUGGCUACUAAAAGACUGGACAUACCCAGUCUUUUAGUAGCCAGUUGGUCAUAAACGCUGGCCAAGGUUAGCAUUCAUAUUUGCUUGUGUGUGAAAAAUGCAAAAAACUACACUAUGAACAAGUGUUCAUACUGUAGUGUAUAUUAUAUCACUUUGUGAAUCAAUGCAGUAACACAGUAAGACAGAACAAACAAGAGUUAGAAUGUCACUUUAUCCGUGCCUUUAUUUCUAGCCUUGAAUAGAUAUCUAUGCCUGGUACAAUGCCAGUUUUAAUGUUAUAUAGUGUUACUGUCAAUUAUCUGAAUUUUUUUAAUAAACCUAUUCACUGUAGAAUGAUGGACAUUAAAUUGUUUGGAAUUCUGUGGAAUGCAGUAAACGUUAAAAUAUGAGUUUUCAAAUUUGCAUCAUAAAUUUAUUUAAAAUACACUGCCGAAUUCAGAUUUAGUGCAUAAAACUACACUGAGAUGUAUUUUCUAAACUCAAGAGCAAGAAAAUGUCAGUUACCCUAUUUCCAUGUUGUCGUUCAUCACAGUGCUGUUAUUAUGGGUUAUGGCAUACUAGAAGGCAACUGCAUUUACUUAUUUGUAUUAUUGUAUAAUUUUUAGUUUUUUUUCUAUGCAGGUCAAAGUAUUUCAGGACAUGUUCCAGGGGAGAACAUUUUACUAUUGAGGUUAGUGCUUGCAAAUAGUUUUUUGCACAUCUACGAUGCUCUUUCCUUGAAAAUGUUUAUCUCUUAAGUAUCUUGCAUAAUUAUAUCAUGACAUGACCUAAAAGCACAUAAAACAUGUUUUUUCUCUUCAUGUGUGAAAUAUUUACAUUAUAAUGGAAUUACUGUAUGGUGGCCUUUUUAAAAACUUGAGAUAAAUAAUAAUUUUUUUUUUCUUUUUCUAUGCAUGUUUUCCUACUGAAAUAAUUUUUAAAGGAGCACUAAUACGAUGGUGCCAUAGUUUCAAUUUAGGUGAUCGGACCCCCAAUGCAAGGGUUAGAAUGGUGAGUUUACUUACCUUUACUCCCUCGCAGUGCUGGUCUCUGGCAUGCCCCUCCGCCUUCUUGGCUGAGAUUAUUGAGAACGAGGAUCUAAGCCAAUCCAGUGCCUUCCCAUAGGAAAGCAUUGAGAGGUUGCAAAAUGCCAUGCUGCACUAAUCGGAUGGUCUCAUAAAGGACCAUUGGGGGCCGCAUGUGCAGCAAGCGCUGCAUACUUCAAAUUUCACUAUAAGAAAGCAUUGAAUCAGUGCUUUGCUACUGAGUCUACAGUCACAUGACAGAGUUUUAAUCUGUUACUUUCUAAUAAACAAUGUUUUACAUUGGAGGGUUAAACCUAUAGGACCACUGUACCCAGACCACUUAAUUCAGGUAAUGUGGCCUGGAUGACUUUAGUCAUUGCAAUUUUGUUCAUUAUGCCACAAGACAUAUCUAAACUUUGAUUCGCUUUAUGUAAGUUUCAAAGUUUUUGUGAUGAGUUCUGCAAUAGCCAUCAGAAUAGGCCUGAUUAGGUUAGAUCCCUGACUUCAGAAUGAGAGGUUACCAUUUGGGUGCAGUACUAAUUUAAUGUAUCCUGUUGAUAUACAAUCUAGUAGUACUUGACUUGUGUUCUGAAAAACUUUAAAUGUCUUCUUAUUCACAACCUUCUUUUUCACCCAAGUAAAUCUUUAUUAUUUAUCUGUAAGCUAUCUUUAUAUUUCAGGCAAAGUGAUCCAUCUAUAAUAGAACAAAUAUUAUUAGUAAUGUAUGCAUUAUUGUGUGAGAUAACCCUGCAUGGUUGAAUUUUCCACUGAAGUGGAGGUAUAAUAUUAACAAUUUUAGGAUAGGUUCUGAAUAAAUGUGUAAUAAUUAAAAUUAAUUGCUAUAUCUGAAAUGGGUUGUAGAAGUGCAUAGUAACAAAAUUCUAUGUUUCAUUCCAACAGUUUGAAAAUCUUGUAGAAAGUGAUGAGGUGAGUAGAACUGUCUGUCUCACAUUCAUAUUAUUUCAGCAUUACAUUGUCAGGAACCUGCACCUUUUACAUUAUGGAAUUUUCAGUAUUUUAAAUAAAUACUAUAAUUUAAUUCUCCAGGCAGGGCAUUGUUUGGUUGGAGUUAUUCCUACGAACAGUAUUUUGCAAACAAUGCUUUAUGCUGUCUAUCAAGUUAUCAUUCUGUGAUUUAAUUAGCUCAUGGCUCUUUAACAAAUGCAACAUCUGUUACUUUAGUUUGUUCCUGUAGUUUUAAGUUGAGCUAUUAUCAGUAAUCAAAUAUACCCGCUGCUAUCUGUGUGCAGUGUCUUUAAUGUUUUAAAACUACUUGCUCAUGCAGAUUAAGCAAGUGCGUUGUGAGAUUAGGGACAUAGAGUAGCCUAGGGGGCAGAAUGUAAAAUACUAAGACACUUACGGUAAAGAGAUUAAAUUACAGAUAUUACCAUUAUUAUUGUUUAUAAAUCGCCAUUAAAUUCCGCUUAGUUUUUUCAUGCUUCAGCUAAAUACACUGCCAGAUUAUUUAAUGCUUAAUGUUUGUACACUAUAUAUAAACUCCUGAUUACUAUUUCAACAGGGGGAAAGUCCAGGAAGUAGUCAAAGGUAAGCAGUGGUGAUAGUCACGGUUUAUUUUAGAACAUCUUAUAUUGUUUGACCCCUUGAUUUCAUAGUUUGUUUAUUUUUUGUCACAACAUGAUUUUUGCAUGUUUUGUUAAAUUUGUUAAUGCUUGUUCAAUUUAUGAUGUACUCAAACAUACAAUAGACUAUUUUUGCUUAAGGACAGAUGGGCCUCCCUUAUGUUUUUUUUUUGAAAAUAUGUUUAUUUAGUAAAUUGGAGAGUCAGCAGUUAGAACAGUAUAAAGACUCGCAGGUCUAGGUACGCAUACAUUGUAAGUGUAACAGAGGUAGGAAAAAUUGGUGAUCCAUGAGAUAAGGAGAAAAGAAAUAAAACAUAAAUAAAAUAAAUUAUUAAAUAGUCCUCCCUUAUGUUUUGAUCUAUUUUGGAAGCAACAUACUUUUGUUUAAAUGCAAGAAUUUAUUGGCAUUGCCAAAUAGGAAAUAACUGCCUUUCAAAGCCUGUAUGAGAGAGAUGGGAGUGAAAGUACUGGCUGUGUUAAUUAAAGGUAAUGUAGAAUGUAACUCUAAGACACAUUUUGUAUUGGUGAGAAUCAUGGGAGAUUGCCCAAGGCACACUGAAGGCAAGUAUACCCUAACCUAGCCCUAUAUACCAAAACCUUAAACGUAACCCUAAACCAACCCUAACUCUAAUGCAGAGGUAAUCCCUCUAAUGCUGAAAAUCUGGAUGUUUUAUGACCAUACAGCAAUUGUUUUCAGCAAUCUUCACAAACCAGUGCCAAUCACUGUCUAAUAUAACUUGUAGAGAGACCCAACUUGGGUCUUUUUUAAACCCCAUCGUUCUUCCGAUCAUUGUGAGUAAGACUUUUCUCAGGAGAGCUAAUGGAAGCUGUUAUCAGGAGCUUACAGCUCUCUCUUCUGGCUGCGGGCGGGGAUCGGUGCCUGGUAAACUCCAGGUAAGAAGUUAAAAAGUUACUAGACUGUAUGACUACUUACAUUUGGGGGACGUCAGGGCACUCCAUAACAACUACAGUCCACUCUAAGUGUUCAGUAUAUACUUAAGUGAAGUUUAAAUAUUGUAGAUUGAAUCCACAGACAGUACAGUACCCUGGCUUGAAUGGAGCCCGUGACCACCUCCUGACCGCUGCUCGCACCCGUACGGCCAACUCACGCUUGCAGGACCUCUCGCGAGUGGAUCCUCUCCUUUGGAAUAGCUUGCCUACUGCCAUCAGACUCUCCUCUAGUCUUCAAUCAUUUAAGAAGGGUCUUAAAACCCAUCUCUUCAGGAAAGCAUAUGGCCUCCCAGAGUAAUCUCUACCUUACAUACCUGUCUCCUGCUCUCUCCUAUGGGACAGUGCUUUGCUCUCUCCUCCAGCUCUGCUUCACUCCUACUUGAUAUUUCCUGUCCUAAUGUUUCUAAUACCCCACCUCCUAUAGUCUGUAAGCUUGUUUGAGCAGGGUCCUCUUCAACCUAUUGUUCCUGUAAGUUUUCUUGUAAUAGUCCUAUUUAUUGUUACAUCCCCCCUCUCAAAAUAUUGUAAAGCGCUACGGAAUCUGUUGGUGCUAUAUAAAUGGCAGUAAUAAUAAUAAUAAGGUAACAUUGAGACCACUUUUUCUCAUGUAGAACAAGCAGAUUGAAAAAGGUUUGGGCUUUAGUCGACCUCCAGCAGUCUUUUUCAACUAUGUCAUUGGCUGUACUCACCUCUUUCUAGCGUGGCUUCACAAGGCCUUAGCAUGAAUUGGGAAUGCACAUAAUUUGAAGUGCAUGCCAACUAUGGGCAGAUUAUAUUAGAAACUUGAAGAUGGCACCUUCUGGACAAGCUUCAGCUUAACCUACCAUUUUAAAGGGUUGUCCAGACCCUCCUGGUCUUCUUUCUGGGCCCUGCAAACUUAGAAACUUUAAGAUGGUGGAGCCUAGAAUUGACAACCUUCUAAAAUGUUAAGUUAAGCUGCUCCCAAGGUCCAAAAAUGGUUGGGAGUGUCUCGUCGGUACAAAGGAAUGGAUCCUUCCGUUCUUAGAUGAGCAAUCCAAAAAGUGACUGAACCACUUUAACCCCUUAAGGACACAUGACAUGUGUGACAUGUCAUGAUUCCCUUUUAUUCCAGAAGUUUGGUCCUUAAGGGGUUAAAGGGAUGGAUUGGACCGCUCUGUAAAGUGAUCAGUCAUUCUCAGCAGAACCACAUCUUGGCUCUUUCUAGUGGUAGAAAGAGAGAUCUUAACACGGACUGUGCCCUCUCUCUUCCUAGGAUAAAGACCUGAGCUGGACAUUAAAUUUGGAUAAAAUUGAUAUGCUAGAGCAUAUUUCUCCAUGGCUCAGUUUAUUUGCUAAACCAGCUAUUGCAGAGAAUGAAUAAAGAGAAAUGCAGAUUUUAUGAGUGGAAAUGUUCAGCAAGCUGAUGGCGGCUAUAUUCAGAGUAAACCCCUUGGACAGGAAAGGGAAGUAUAUGCACCGGUUGUGGAUAUGUUUGAAUGGCAAUGAAGGAAAUAAAUCUCCCCCUCCUCCCCCAUGUCUGGAGGAGUGGGGAAUCACUGCUUUUAUAUGUCAUACUGUGAAAGGAUACAGUGACAGGGGACCUCUAUGCAACACUAUAAACUUCUUCAAAACAGAAUAAGAGUUUCUUUAUUGGUGGGCUUUAAUGGAUCUAUAGGAGAAUUGGACAUAUGACAAGAUUACUUCCAUGGACUAACUCUCCUGGGAAGCAGAUUUUACAGAUGUCUUCCUUUUUGUUUGCAGACCUUUAAGUGAAGAAGAAAUAAGUGAUUUAAGAGAGAGACGUUAUGAAUCGAUCGCAAACAGACAGCAGUUUGAUGACAUCAAGUUACAAGAUGAGGUAAUGGAAAUGUUGCUGGUAAUAUUUAGUCUCCUUGCUGUGACUGGUGUCACAGAGCAAGUAUGGCAGACACUUAUCCCUUUGAGUGCUGGAAAUGUGUCCAACAAUGUGCUUUUGGAAUGUGGACACUUCAAUCACAUAAAUGGUUACAUGAACAGUACAAUUGCAUUUAUAAAUGAAAGUUUGAUUACGGUGUCAGUAUUGAAAGGGUUGAAUAUACAUAAAGAGUCAGCAUUAAGCAGCUAACGGUGUGUUCUCCAUUUUUAUUACAUUGCUUAAAACAAUAUACUACUUUUUUUUUUUUUUUUGGCAAGUGCUCUGGCAAUAUAUUUUAUCCAUUAACAUUUUCCAGAAACACGUGGAAAUCGAUGUUUGUUGGCCAUCCAAAUAGCAAUGUGAUUCCUUUCCCCUUAUACUUUUCUAUUAAAGCAUUUCCUGUAUCACUGCUGAAUGUUAUGUUUCUGCCGAUAGCUGCAAAUGGAAUUAUUUUAAUACAGUCUUUGUGGUUACAGUAUGCUAAGCUUCUUAGCCGCUGCAAAAAAAUGUUUAAUACAUUACGCAAGUGUUUAUCACUAUCCAGUGUUCCAUGAAUCCUUUAUAUGGCAAGCAGUAGUGCGAUAAGUGUGAAUACUGUUUAUAUAAAAUACUGAGUUUUUCUGUCACCUGACAUACACAGUGUCAUACACAUGGGAGAAUUCAAAUUCAAAGUGAAUUUUAAAUUUAAUACAAAAGUAGCCGAAAUAUAAGCAAACAUGAUUUUUCCAUUUUGACCUUAAAUUUAACAUUUACUUUGAAUUAUUACUUUAUUGAAUAACCCUCAUUGUAUUUGAAUAUAGAAACACAUGGAAGCUUUGAAACCUUUUUUUUUUUUUAUUAUUUUUUUUUUUUAUCAUUUGUUAUUCUCUUUUUAAUUUGUUCCGAAAACACAUAUUUUUGUGUCUGACUGGCAGCUUGCAUCUGAUGUCUAUUUUGAACAAGUUGAUCAUCAGAAUAUUUAUGAAUGGGUUUAAAAAUGUUAUGUAAUCUGUUAAAAACAACUUACUCAUAUUCACUCAAUAUAAUUGGCAUUUAAUCUUGUCAAAAUAAUUAGGUGAUUUUUUUUUUUUUUUUGCUGCAUGAAGCUGGAUUUAAAAUAAAACCUAAUUAAGGUUCUUUUUUCCACUUUACUGCAAUGAAAAGUGUAAUGCACCAUGUGUUUUUUUAUUUUUUAUUUUAGACUCCCUGAAAAUUCAGUUUAUUUAAUUGACUGGCUUAACUGGGCAUUUUGUAAAUUGAAUCCCAAAAAGCAAUAAAAGCCUUCCUUUCUAAUUCUCUCCUUCCUGUGUAUCCUGCUCUUCCAUUUCCUUCCCUUUCCCUCUUUGUUCAUUUUCUUAACCUUCUUUGCUUAUUCCAUCCUCUUUCACACUCUCUAAACCAGCGAUUGGCAACCUUCGGCACUCCAGCUGUUGUGGACUACAUCCCCCAUAAUGCUCUUACACCCAUAAUGCUGGAAAAGCAUCAUGGGAGGUGUAGUCCAAAACAUCUGCAGCACCAAAGCUUGCUGUGCAUGGAGAACAUUUAAAGUGAUUUUAAUUAGCAGUUAUCAAGCACAUAAUCAGCUAUCAGAAAUAUUUAGUUAUUUUUUAAGCUCGGCGUGUAAAACUAAAUUGUUUUAUAAUUUAAAUCUUCUAAGCUGUAAUUUGAAAUUUGUUUAUCGUUGAACCUUGUUUUUUAUUUACAAAAUUGUGGUAAUUAUCCAAACAAAAACUUAAUUUAUUUGGAAUAUAAAAAGGACUCCGCAAGCCAUAAUUUUAAGAAUGAACAGUUGAUAAAUCAAGUGUUAUUUGAUGUUCCAAAAAUAUUAUAAUGAAUUCUGAAUAAUUAGUUUUUUUUGUUUUUUUAACAUGUAUAUCAGUAUAAGUAAUAAACAGUUUAAAAUUGUUCUACUUCCCAGUGUGUAGUAUUUAUUUACAACCAGCAGAGGUCGCUGCUGCCGUCUGUUCACUAAAAAUAUUGAAUCACUGGAGUCAGAUGUUGAUAAUAGCUAGACAGGGAGGGGAGGUGUAGUAACCUUAUGUCGACUGUAGAGGUCUCCUCAACACCAUCCUGUUGACAUGCCUGUUCAAUAUCCUAAGUAUAAAUGCAUAUAAAGUCUCAUUGAAAGAGGGAGAAAAGAUGGCUGUUUCUAGAUCAGUGGUUGCAAACCAUUCUGACCUCACAAACCACUUAACUCACAAUUUUGAAUCCCGCGGACAACUAACAUGAAUUUUUUUUAAAAAGGUACAAACAUCUAUAAAAUAAUGAUCAUAAGUUAAAUUUUACUAGUAUGAAAUCGACUUGUUUAUUACAGUUAACGCAUGUUUAACUAUAACAAAAUUAUAAGUGUGAUAUCUGUUGCUGGAAAAUUAUAAGUGUGAAUCCAUUAAAGGGACACUAUGGUUACCAGAACAACUACAGCUUAAUGUAGUUAUUCUGGUGAGUAUAAUAGUUCCCUUCAUGUUUUUUGUCAUGUAAACAAUGCCUUUUCAGAGAAGGCAGUGUUUACAUUACCUCUAGGGACACCUCCAAGUGGCUACUCCUUAGAUGGCACUGGAGGUGCUACCUGGCUCAGUGCUGCCGAAAAAGCAGCACUGACAUUCAGAGUCCCCACGCUCUGCAUGGAGACACUAAAUUUUCCUCAGAGAGAUGCAUUGAGUCAAUGCAUCUCUAUGAAGAGGUCCUGAUUGGCCCAAACUGUAUUUGGUCCCACCCCUGUGCCAAUUUUAACCAAUCCCAUGCUUUCCCUAGUAUUCCUUUAAAGGACCACUAUAGUGCCCUGAGGGUGCCCCCACCCUCAGGGUCCCCCUCCCGCCGGGCUCUGGGGAGAGGAAGGGGUUAAAAUCUUACCUUUCUCCAGCGCCGGGCGGGGAGCUCUCCUCCUCCAUAGCGACGUCAUUGGCUGAAUGCGCAUGCACGGCAGGAGCCACGCGCGCAUUCAGCCAGUUCAUAGGAAAGCAUUUACAAUGCUUUCCUAUGGACGCUGGCGUCUUCUCACUGUGAUUUUUCACAGUGAGAAGCACGCAAGCGCCUCUAGCAGCUGUCAAGAGAAACUGCUAUGUUUAUUUAAAAAAAGGGUUAACCCUAGAUGGAUCAGGCACCCAGACCACUUCAUUAAGCUGAAGUGGUCUGGGUGCCUAUAGUGGUCCUUUAAGUUUAUGGAUUCUUGGUGGCCUGGAAGCCGAAGAAGAUGGCGGCGUAAAUCCUGAGCUCCCUACCAGGCUCCACACAAACCUCGCCGUAAGCACCAUAUUGCCUCGAUCAUGGGCAAAACACAUAGAGCGUCGCAAGCCUCCAAACCCGCUGACACCCCCAGGGGGAACAGUCACCCUACCCUGCGGCAGUAUCUGAUCACACCGGCGGACCCGGACACGCAGGCCUCCAAUGACUCGGCGGCCUCAGAGGGGCUGUUCUCUCCCUUCCCGCUUGACGGAGGAAGCCCUGCAGAGAUACCGGCAGCAGGCACUCCAGCGCCGCACCCCGAGUGGGUGGAUAUGCUCCGCAACCUGCCCACUAAAACUGACCUGCAGAGGGCGAACAACGACCUGAGAGCCUCCAUCACAACGGAACUCCAGGCCAUGAGGGAGGAAUUUUGCGGCCUACGCCAGAGGGUAUCUCAACUGGAAGCGGACUGCGACCACGUGUCAUCGGCGCAGUCCGCGACUACUGAAACCCUGCAACAUACCACGCAACAACUCCGGCAAAUGGCGUAUCACCUGGAGGACCUCGACAACCGGGGCAGACGGCAGAACAUUAGGGUCCGUGGGGUUCCAGAAGAAGCUGAUGAUGCCACCCCUGUACAACAGACCCUGACGGGGAUAUUCAACAGCCUUUUAGGUCGUCCCCCACAAGCUCAUAUCAACCUGGUGAGGGCUCAUCGUGCACUUCGGCCGAAAGGGCCCCCUGGGAGCCCACCCCGGGAUAUCAUCUGCUGUAUAGCCAGCUUUCAACAGAAGGAAGAGAUCUUGAGGAAGGCAAGAGACCUGGGAAAAGUCACCUUGGAAGGCACAGAAAUACAACUGUACCCAGAUCUAUCACCUACAACACUGGCGUACCGCAGGGCCCUACGCCCCUUCACCAUGCAAUUACAAUCAAACAAAAUUAGAUAUCGCUGGUGUUUUCCGAAUGGGCUCCAAAUCCAGACACCAAAGGGCCCAUACGUGAUCAAGGAGAAGGCCGACAUGGACGCCCUCGCAAGAGAGCUACGAAUCACGCCAGCGCCUAUACAGUGGCCUGACCCCCUGACACUAUACACACCAGCCCCGGGUCAGGGGAGACUGACCACGGGAUCCCAGAAUCAGAGGACCACACGCCAGCAGGCAAUAGGCCCUCGAGGCCAAUAGACCAACGGGACAUUUGCAUGACACCUGUACCACGAACCCCAGAGCAGAUACCGAGACGACCAUCUUGAGGAAUCCCCCACCUGGCCUACAGAAAAGGACUUCAGUCCAGAUCGGACACGACAACUCGAACUCGCCCCAUCCUGCUCUGAGCAGAGGCCAUCACCGGCGAGCCCCCGGCUCCGACCACCACGCACGACACUGGACUGA